UGGAAUAAUGACCAAGGAUGGAUAGCAUGUGGUGGUAACGAUGGUUUGCUCAAGGUUCUCAAGCUUGAAAACAACAUUACUGGUUCUCUUGCUCAUGGAAAUACAUCUGCUCCAUCUCAACUUUCCAUGAAUCAAACUCUUGAAGGACAUCAAGGUCCGGUACUUGUUGCGACAUGGAAUAAGCAUCAUCAUAAGUUAACGACAUCUGAUGGAAACGGGUUAAUUAUUGUUUGGAUUCUGUACAAGGGAAUGUGGUAUGAAGAGAUGAUCAACAACAGAAACAAGAGUGUUGUGACAGACAUGCAAUGGAACAAGGAUGGACAAAAAAUUUGCAUCAUCUACGAAGACGGCGCAGUUAUUCUUGGUUCGGUUGAUGGAAAUCGUAUUUGGGGAAAGGAAGUAAAAAACACUCAAUUGUUGCAUGUACAAUGGUCUCCAAAUGGAAAAUUCCUUUUAUUUGGCACAGGAACUGGUGAACUUCAGUUGUUUGAUAAUCAAGGUGUAUUUGUGGUAUGUUUUAUAGGAAUUGUGACUUGCUGUGAUUGGUAUCCAGACUUGAAAUACAAGCUAUCCAAUUAUUGUGAUCCGCAUGGAAACUCCAAGCUGGCAGCAUUGGAUUGGUAUGAUGGAAGCAGAGGAUAUAUAGAACAAAAUAUUCCAUGUCUUGCCAUAUGCUAUGAGAAUGGUAAACUCCAAAUCAUGCGCGAUGACAAAGAUACAAAGCCAGCGCUGAUUGACACUAAUAUGAGGUCAAUCAAGAUAAAAUGGAAUGCAACCGGAUCUGUAUUGGCAGUUUCAGGCCUGCAGUUGAUUCGUAAUAGUCAAGGAGAAGAAAAAGAGGCAUGCGUGGUUCAGUUUUGGAGUCCAAUGGGUCAAUUUCUCCGAUCCCUAAAAGUUCCUGGUACAUGCAUCACCUCGAUCUCGUGGGAAUACGAUGGUCUUCGAAUUGCACUGGCAGUUGAUUCAUUCAUUUAUUUUGCAAAUACUCGACCAGAUUACAAAUGGUCUUUUUUUGCUCAUGAUGUGGUCGUAUAUGCAUACCACAAACCAGAAAUGUUUGAGUCGACUGUUGUAUUUUGGAACACAAAAACAAAUGAUAGACACACAAGGAAUAUCAAAAAACUAUUGAUGAUUACUUCAGCCAAUGAUCAUUGUUUAAUUGUAAGCGGAUCGGAUGAUGGCUCGCAACACGUAUUGACAGUCUAUAACGCCAUUGGAAUUCCAAUUGAAACCAAAUGCAUUGAUUUUGAGCCAAAGUUUGCAUCUGUUUCAAAGACGCAUGUGUUUAUUGCAUCCGCUGAUAUUAUUUUACAUUGGCAGUUCAAGGCUUUGGCUAUCAGUAAAAUCAGUGCUUUGGAUGGUAAGCAUAAGACCGUAUGUUUCAUUAAAUUGAAUGCAUUGAUAUCUAGAAUUAUAUUACAAGUAAUUCCAACAAAAGAUUGUAUUACAUGCAUUGCGUCUAGCGAUUCGGUUUUAAUGGUAGUGCGACAGUCUGGCGUAUUAUAUCAAUAUAGUGUUCCGUCUGUUACGCUGGACAACAAGUACACACUGAAUUUUCAUCCAGUAUCUAUUGCACUGAACUCCAACUCUACUCGCGUCUCUCUGUUGGAUGCUACGGGAAUUUUAAAACUAUUUGAUUUGGAAAAGCGCGCAGGAGCUGCUGGAAAUAUUAUUGACACGUUUGAGCGCAAAGAUGUAUGGGAUGUACGGUGGGCAAGUGAUGAUCCAGAGCAGUUUGCGAUCAUGGAAAAAACCCGUUUGUAUGUUUUCCGUAAUAUGGAUCCCGAAAGUCCAAUUAAUUGUUCCGGAUAUAUUUGCGAUUUCCGAGAUAUGCAGGUCAAAACAAUCUCCCUCGAUGAUAUCAUGAAAGACACAGACAGUAUCGUCAAGGAUGCUGUUGUCCACAUUGAAACUAAAGCUUUGCGCGAACUUCGAACUAUUUUGAGCCAAAAUGGAGUUUUGAAUGCUGUUCAGUUUGUAGAUGAUCGUCCACACCCACGACUUUGGAAGAUUGUUGCCGAAGCAGCACUGGAAAUACUUGAUUUUGCACAGGCUCAAAAAGCAUUUAUUCGAUGUCAAGACUAUCAGGGACUUCAGUUCAUCAAAAGUCUAAAAAAGUUUGAUGAUCCGGCUAAACAAAAGGCAGAGAUUGCAGCAUACUGUAAUCAGUUUGAAGCAGCUGAAAAAAUGUAUAUUGAUAUGGACCGCAAAGAUCUUGCGAUUGAUUUACGAGUUCGUAUGGGUGACUGGUUUCGAGUUGUGCAACUCAUUAAAGGGGGCGGUGGAUGCGACGAUCAACUUCUUGAAAAAGCAUGGAAUCAUAUUGGUGAUUAUUACUACGACAAGCAGCGAUGGGCUCAAGCUGUUACUUAUUAUUCUCAAGGAAAAAACUAUAGUCGUUUGGCAGAAUGCUAUUACAUUUUGGAGGAUUAUGCGAGUCUUGAAAAAAUUGCCAUUGGUCUUUCAGAAAACAAUGCAUUGCUAAAGAGUAUUGCAAACAAAUUUGUAUUGGUAGGCCUAUGUGACCAAGCAGUUGCAAUAUAUGUCAAAAUUGGUGAAAUUGCAUCUGCUGUUAAUACAUGCGUCAUGUUGAACCAAUGGAAUACGGCAGUUCAACUUGCAGAAAUUCACAAUUUUAAAGAAAUCGAUUCUGUUUUAGCAAAAUAUGCAGCCUAUCUGUUAUCUCAGAAUCGAAAAUGGGAAGCAGUCGAGUUGUAUCGCAAAGCCAACUACUGUCAGAAAUCAGCGCGCUUACUGUUUGAAUUGGCUAAAGAUGCAAUUGAAUCUGAACAAACGGUCAUGCAAAUCAAGAAAAUAUACGUAUUAGCUGCCCUUGAAGUGGAACGAUAUCAUAGUAUUUCUAAAGCAAAUAGAGGCAUGCAUCAUGAGACUGUAUAUGGACUACUUGCAGAGGAUUCUGCUACAAUGGGAGACCACAAAUUUUUGGACAAUGCAUGGCAUGGAGCAGAAGCUUAUCAUUUUUAUAUUUUGGCACAGCGGCAGUUUUACAAUGGUGAUCGCGAAAGUGCCUUGGUUACGGCAUUGCAUUUACGAGAGUAUGAAGACAUUAUUGAUGCCAAGGUGAUUUUUAGUCUUAUUGCAUUAAUAAGCUUUCACUCAAAACGAUACAACACAUGCUCCAAGGCAUUUGUCAAAUUGGAAGCACUCGAAGCAUCAUCAUUGGAGGCUGAAAAAUCAUUUGAAAGUCUUGCACUAGACAUUUUUACAAAAUACAAGCCAAUUGAUCCAAAGGGAAUUACAGUAUCAUGUACCAACUGCAUGAACAAAAUUAAAGACAGUGAUACUGCUUGCGCUCAUUGUCAUAUUACAUUUCCAACGUGCAUUGUGUCUGGCAGACCAAUUGUUGAAUCGAUUCAUUUCAUGUGCCACAUAUGCAAGCACCGGGCAAUGGAGCAUGAGAUCAGCGGAAUGGUUUGCUGCCCACUUGUAAGUGUCGUAUCAUGGCAAGAUUGUAGUCUUUUAAAACCAUUAACGUGCUAA